GGGGAGUGCAGGAUUUGGGGGUGCAGCCCUUGCAGGGAGUGCAGGUUUUUUGGGGGUACACCCCCUGGAGGAGUGCAGGAUUGUGGGGGGUCCCGGGGGGGGCAGUGCAGGAUUUUUGGGGUACAACCCUUGGAGGAGUACAAGAUUUUGGGGGUACAGCCCCUGAAGGGGAGUGCAGGAUUUUUGGGGGUACAACCCUUGGAGGAGUGCAGGAUUUUGGGGGUACAACCCUUGGAGGAGUGCAGGAUUUUGGGGGUGCAGCCCUUGCAGGGAGUGCAGGAUUUUGGGAGUGCAGCCCCUGAAGGGGAGUGCAGGAUUUUUGGGGGUACAACCCUUGGAGGAGUGCAGGAUUUGGGGGUUCAGCCCCUGAAGGGGAGUGCAGAAUUUUGGGGGUACAACCCUUGGAGGGGAGUGCAGGAUUUUGGGGGUGCAGCCCCUACAGGAGUGCAGAAUUUUGGGGGUGCAGCCCUUGCAGGGAGUGCAGGAUUUUGGGGGUGCAGCCCUUGGGGUUGAUCCGUAGAACUCGGGAGCCCCCCGGGAGUUUUGGGGGUGCAGCCUCGGGGGUACCGUUGGGUUUUGGGGUUCAUUCCCCUGUGGUCGCUGCUUUGGGCAGAGGGUCCUGCUGAGGUUUGGGGGUACCCCCAGAAAUCGGGGGGGUGUUGAGGUGCCCCCGAGGAGCCCUGGGGGGUGACCCUGAGGAACCCCGAUUUUGUGGAGCCCCUGUUUUGGGGGGACCCUUUGAACCCCUUUUUGGAGCAACCCCGCGUUUGGGGGUGCCCCAACCCCCGCUUUCAUUGUGUCCCCAUUUUUGGGGUGUCCCUUUUGGAGUGACCACACCCCCCUGAUUUGGGGGUGAUCCUGAGGCCCCCCGUGUUUGGGGGUGCCCCGUUUUUGGGGUGCCCUGGGGGCCAUGGCGUGGGCGCUGAAGCUGCCGCUGGCGGAUGAGGUGAUCGAGUCGGGGCUGGUGCAGGAUUUCGACGCCAGCCUGUCGGGGAUCGGCCAGGAGCUGGGCGCCGGCGCCUACAGCAUGAGCGAUGUCCUGGCCCUGCCCAUCUUCAAGCAGGAGGAGUCGAGCCUGCCCGCGGAGAGCCAGGACAAGCUGCUGCCCUUCCAGUACGUUCUGUGCGCCGCCACCUCCCCCGCCGUCAAACUGCACGACGAGACCCUCACCUACCUGAACCAAGGUCAGUCCUACGAGAUCCGGAUGUUGGACAACAGGAAACUGGGGGAGCUGCCCGAGAUCAACGGCAAGCUGGUCAAGAGCAUCUUCCGGGUGGUUUUCCACGACCGGCGGCUGCAGUACACAGAGCACCAGCAGCUGGAGGGCUGGAGGUGGAACAGACCUGGGGACAGGAUUCUGGACAUAGAUAUCCCGAUGUCCGUGGGGAUCAUCGACCCCCGCGCGAACCCAACGCAGCUCAACACCGUGGAGUUCCUGUGGGACCCGGCCAAGAGAACCUCGGUCUUCAUCCAGGUGCACUGCAUCAGCACGGAGUUCACGCUGCGCAAGCACGGCGGCGAGAAGGGCGUUCCCUUCCGCGUGCAGAUCGACACCUUCAGGGAGAACGAGAGCGGCGAGUACACGGAGCACCUGCACUCUGCCAGCUGCCAGAUCAAGGUGUUCAAGCCCAAAGGCGCCGACCGGAAGCAGAAGACGGAUCGGGAGAAGAUGGAGAAGCGAACGCCCCAUGAGAAGGAGAAGUACCAGCCCUCCUACGAGACCACCAUCCUCACUGAGUGCUCGCCCUGGCCCGAGGUCACCUACGUGCCCAGCGCGCCCUCGCCCGGCUUCAACAGCGCCCACAGCGGCUUCUCCCUGGGGGAGGGCAGUGGGUCCCCAAGCCACCAGCCCGACCCCCCCGCGCCCCUGGCUGAUACGCUGCUGCCCACCUGGAGCCCGCAGGAGGCUCAGCAGUGGCUGCACCGCAAUCGCUUCUCCACCUUCUCCCGGCUCUUCAGGAACUUCUCAGGUGCAGACCUGCUGAAGCUGACCCGUGAGGACGUGAUCCAGAUCUGCGGCCCCGCCGACGGCAUCCGGCUCUUCAACGCGCUCAAGGGCAGGAUGGUGCGGCCCCGCCUGACCAUCUACGUGUGCCAGGAGUCGCAGCAGGUGAGGGACCCCCAGCACGAGCACGAGGACGGCGACGGCAGCGCCGGAACCUUCUUUGUGUACCACGCCGUGUACCUGGAGGAGCUGACGGCGGCCGAGCUCUCGCAGAAGUUGGCGCUGCUGUUCCGCGUCCCUGCGCUGCAGAUCCAGCACAUCUACAAACAGGGCCCCACCGGCAUCCACGUGCUGGUCAGCGACGAGAUGAUCCAGAACUUCCAGGAUGAAUCCUGCUUCGUCCUGGACACCAUGAAAGCCGAAACCAACGACAGCUACCACAUCAUCCUGAAAUAGGGGCCAGGUGAGAGCCAGGUGAGGAGCACCUGCAGCCUCCCAGCACACCUGGACACCCUGCACUGCCAGCACAAGGACACAGCAGAGAUCUGGGAACCCUCAGGUGUGGUUACCUGGCAGGGCACACCUGGAGAGCCCCCAGGUGUUGAUACCUGGCAGCCCCUCCCCCAGGUGACUCCUGGCACUGCUGCAGCUCUGAGGUGCUCACCCACCUGGGGCAGGUGGAGUGUGCAGGUGUGAAGUGAUCUCAUUAGGUCAUCAAGAAUUCCAGAUUGAAUUAUGGAAAAUUGGAGGAUGAAGGAAUGAUUUGGGGGUGGGGGGGCAGGGGAAAUCGCUGUGAGUUUUGGAGAGAAAAGCAAAGAUUUCUCAAUUUGUGCUGAGUGUGUGGAGUGAUUGAGGUGAGGAACCUGCCCAGGUGACCCCAGAUCCCUCAGACCUGGGUGCUCCAGGUGAUUCAGCCUCAGCCAGGGGGGUUCCAGGC